CACAAGCGCCUAGACUACCCUCGACAACAUGAAAUACACGUGUAACAUUACCUCAACCCUCAACCCCUUCCUCUCCCUCUCACCCAAACUUCAUCCACAGUUCCCGUCCCCAUAUCCCUACUUCCCGUCUUCUCCCACUACUCAUUCUGCACACUACUCAAUCUACAAUGCUCCGUAGCACUUGAAGUCAUCGGCGGAAAAAUUAUCAAAGUACCUCCGAGCGCCUGUCUGCAGGCAUUUACAUAUCCCUCAAUGUCGACCCCUCGAGACGCUGGAAAUCACUAUCGGAGUACUAGCAUCAGACGGAUCUGCAGCGUGGGGCGAAACCGUGACCCUAUGCGUCGCCUUCGUUAUCAGUGGAGAUCAGGGCUUCCUUCGAGUCUCGAUCACAUGCUGGGCAAUGGAGAAGUGGUUGGAAAGCUUGAAACGUCGUGGGAUGCGCUGCUCGAUCACGGAAAUGACCUUUCAGUGAACAUCACCUUCCCGUCCGUUCGUGGUGUUCACCCUUCCCUCACACUAAAGGCCACGGUUCUACAUAAUUGCGACAAUCAAGACAGCGCACUGCUUGACAUUGCUCAAGACACGGAUGCAGGCCAUGUACGGUUCGCCAAAUACGGUGACACGCAAAUUCUGGACCAAUGCCCGGUCGGCCAUCCUCACCAGGCAGCGGCUCUCACCAACUUCGCGUGGGCCCGCCUUCAAGGCUACAUUCGAAACGAUUUUCAAGACAUCGACUCCAUCACUUCUCUCUUCCGCGAAGCCCUUGCAUUGCGUCCGCAGGGCCACCCUGAUCAUCCCUUAUCUAUCUAUCACCUCACCGAAGCGCUGACCUGGCGCUACAGCAAAAGAGAACUUCACCGCCGUCUAUAUCCAGGAAUGCGCGCAACUGUCCUGCAAGUUAUUGCCCCCUCUGUCCAGAGGGCACCUACCUUCAUAGCAUCGCGGCAGGGGCAAAUGGCGUCGAUUAUCCGUUUCUCUCUGUGCCCCGAGGGACAUUCUGAACGCGACACCUACCUGAAUAACUUGGCCUACGCACUCCGGUCCCGCUUUGAUCACCAAGGCAACUCAGAUGACCUCAAUGAGGCCAUCUCUUUGCAUGAAGAAGCGCUGCGCCUGCGCCCUGUUGGGCACAAAUAUCGACAUUUCUCAUUGGACAACCUAGGAUUCGCCCCUCUACAACCCGUUUCGACCAACGCGACAUUGGAUGCCAGUGAGGAUCUCGACGAGGCCAUCAACCUCUUCCGGGAUUCACUUCAGUUAAGGCCGCAUGGCCAUCCACGUCGCCAUACAGCUCUUCACAAUUUGAGCUCGGCGCUCCGUUCUCGUUUCACGCAAACUCGGAAGAAUGAAGAUGUCGAGGAGGCCAUUCGACUCUGCCAAGAGUCGUUGGAGGCUUUGCCUUCACUGCACCCUAAGAGAUAUUUCAGCUACAUGUGGCUGCAGGAAGCCUAUUUAUCUCGUUUCAGUGUGCAACGCGAGUCUGCUGAUUUGUCCCUUGCUGUAGAGAACUUCAGACUGGCAUCACAACAUCCCACUCAAGGACUCCCAGAACGCAUCAACGAGGCGAUCAAUUGGACUUUUGCAGCGGAGAGUCACAGUCAUGCCUCUGCACUAGAAGCCUACAAAAUCUUUUUCGAGCUUCUCGACAGACAUUUGUCAACGCGAUCUUCAAUUGUUGCACGGCGCGAAGCUGCUUCUGCUUUUCGUCGUGCCAGAACAUUGCCUGUGGAUGCAGCAUCAUGUGCCAUACGCCUUGACAAUCUACGAGACACAAUUGAACUUGUUGAGCAGGGCCGCGGCCAGCAAUGGUCCUUGGCCUCUCGUCUGAGAAGUCCACUUGAGGACCUCGAGUCGACAAAUGCCAACCUUGCUCACCAGUUCUCGGAGCUCAGCAAGCGUCUGUCUGAUGCUCAGGGUUCCGCCGGCAGUGCUGAUCGAGCUGCUGCUGAUCGAGCAGCGAUACAGCACAGGAGACUCCAGCAGCAGUGGGGAGCAGUGGUAGCUGAGAUCCGGAAUCUUAAGGGUUUCUCGCGGUUCUUGCUCCCACCUGCAUACCAAGACUUGCAAGCGGCAGCGCGUCAUGGCCCAGUCAUCAUCCUCAAUGCGAGUCAAUAUUUGUGCAGCGCCAUCGUUGUCCCGACCUCAGGAGAGCCCCACCACGUCAGCUUCUCGCGUGUCACUCUCACACAUCUGGAAAAGCUCAAGAGUGACUUUGCAAGGGAGAUACGACUUGCAUCUUUUAUGCGCCCAGAGGAGACGAGGAAGGAAUUGCAAGUCCUCUUGAGGACAGUGUGGGACGAGAUCAUGCUCCCCAUCGUCAUCGUCCUCCAGCGUGAUCUCAGAAUAACAAGCGGCUCUCGAAUCUGGCUGUGUCCAACUGCAACCUUCACUUCCAUUCCUCUCCACGCAGCUCACCCCUUUCGAACGAAGACAGACGGACGACGUGAACUAUGCCUGGAGGACGUCUACAUCUGUUCUUACACGCCGACACUUUCAGCUCUGAUCAGAUCUAGACAGACGAUGAAGAAACGCGUUACUCCGUCAUUCGUCGCAAUCGGACAAAGUUCACCGGGUGCGGGGCAAGGCGAGGCGCUGUUGACUGUCGACAGCGAGCUUGAGCUCGUCCGCAAACUCGUCCCCGCGACGGCCAACUCCACCACUCUCUCCGGCGACGAUGCCACUCGAGCAGGUGCACUCGAUGCUUUACAACGCAACACCUGGGUGCACCUCGCUUGUCAUGGGAAGCAAGACCGCGAGCAGCCUUACUAUUCAUGUUUCGCCAUGAAAGACAAACCUCUCACGUUGCUCGAUAUCAUGGAGAAAGACAUUCCUCACGCUGAGUUUGCAUUCUUGUCGGCGUGUCAUACCGCUGUUGGCGACGAGAAGACACCAGACGAAGUCAUCCACCUCGCAGCUGGACUCCAAUUUUCAGGGUUCAAGAGCGUCAUUGGCACGCUGUGGGUGGUCGACGACGCUGUCGCAAAACAUGUUGUCGAAGCUUUCUACAAGAAGAUGGUCAAGGGUUUGGAGGAUGGUGAUAUGAUGGACUGUACGAAGGCGGCCUGGGCACUCAACCGUGCUACAAAUGCCGUGAAGACGAAAGUUCCGCUCGAGCAGAGGAUGGUUUUCAUACAUAUUGGUGUGUAGCUCUAUGUCUCAUUGUUUCGAUAUCGUACGGUUAUUCAGGUUAUUCUCUUUCUUGUAUGCUGUACUUAAAGUUGUAGGAAUUACUGGUUUACCCUGUGUCGCACUCCCGUGCUCCAACCAUCUUGUUUUCGUUUUCGCAAUGAUAUUUGUCUUUCC